CUGGCAUCGGUGGCGAGAACUCAGAUUGCUGAGCCCAAAAGUUUUUAAAAAUUUUCACUUGCUGAUAUUUUUAGAAAAUUCUGAAAGCGGAAAGACUCAGCAGUCUGGGAAUGGACUCCUGGUAGAUGUUCCCCGACCAAUCAGAAGGAAUAUCCAAUUAAAAGGUGAAAAAUUUGCAUAAGAUCCGAUUAAGUGCGCUGGCGGAAUGUGUUCUACCUCGGUGCUGUGUCCCCUUUGCGCCGUGCCCAGUUUCGGCAGCAUUGACGCACUGCAGCAGAGACUGAUCAAGGCAGCCAACGGCCCACUGGCCUGUCCCUUCGCCGAUUGCCAGGAGCUUUUCCUAGGGCUGGACAAGCUCACCAUUCACCUGUUUUCGCACACCAGUCUGAUGGACGAGGAGAUAGAUAGCCCUGUUAUUAUCCAAACCGUUCCUCCACUGGUUACCUUAACUGCGCCCAAAAGAAGGCCCAAAAGAACCAAGGCCAAAACCACCGUCGCGUCCCCGCCACCAGCACCUCCGAGUCCUCCUGCCCAUUGUGACAUCUGCGAGUUCAGUUUCCGGAAUACCGAACUGCGGGACAUGCACAUCCGGUUGGUGCAUGAAAAUGCCGAGGGAGACCAGAAAGCACAGCAGCCAAAGCAGGAGGAGACGGAUCAAGAGCCCUACAAGUGCCAUCUCUGCUCCAAGACAUUUCGAAUGAAGGGCUCCCUUCGAAUUCACCUGAAAGUAGUCCACAUGAUGGGAGUGCCCUGCUCCAAUCCCAGCCUCGUAACCACCUCCAUUGCAGUUAGUCCCUCACCCAAGCUGAGCAUUUGCGAUCGCAUCCGUCACAAAGAGCCGGGAGCCGUGGGAAACGGCACUAAUUCAUCGUCCACCAGCUCCCAGCCAUAUGCCCUAAGUGGCGCAAUUAGCAUGCUCCAACAGCCACCUAGCUCUCCGGAAUCGGGCACGGCCACACCUAAGCCGUGGGAGUGCGAUGUGUGCACCAAGUCCUUUACCACAAAGUACUUCUUGAAGAAGCACAAGCGGCUGCAUACAGGGGAGAUGCCGUACACCUGCGAGAUCUGCGCCAGGACCUUCACCUUCCAGCAGUCGUACCACAAGCAUUUGCUUUACCACAGCGAGGUGAAACCCCAUGUCUGCGUGGUUUGUGGAAGGGCCUUCAAGGAGCUGUCCACGCUCCACAAUCACCAGCGAAUCCAUAGCGGAGAGAAGCCCUUCAAGUGUGAGGUGUGCGGAAAGUGUUUCCGGCAGCGUGUUUCCUUCCUGGUCCACACGCGUAUCCACACAGGGGUGAUGCCAUACAAAUGCGAUCUUUGCCAGAAGAAGUUCAGAUAUAAGGUCAGUCAACGGACGCAUCGAUGUCCCACCGAGGAAUCCCAGACGCCGGAGCAGUUGAUCAAUGCGUUUCUGGAGGGCAAUGAAUCGCCCACUCAGCCCUCGCCGGAGAGCGCUGAAAUAACUGCCAUCAACAGCGGCUCGAUGGCAGAUCCGGAACAAGAGGCACUGCUCUCGCAGUCCAUCGACGACAUAGUGGUGGAGCAGUGCCAGAGGAUGGGCAUUUGUGGUGUGGACCCGAGAGAGGGAGGCCAUUUCGUAUCGCUGCAACCGGUUACAGUGGUUCAAUUCACCGGGAACGGCUCCCCACUGCAGCAACUUCAAAACUUAAAACUCUACUCGCCGCAACAGACCGAACUGCCCAGCUCCGACGGUGAAGUAUUUCAGCGCUUCCUGAUGGACGCCACGUAGCUGCAGCGGUGACAUACUUAUGCAUAUUUAUUUACACCCUGUUAACCAUUCGCAAGCCUAAUAUGAACCUACAAAUAAUACUAAUGAUUCAAAAUGUCCCAUACAAAACGCGAUAUCUGGUAGUCUGCUAAAGUUUUCCAAAACAAUACAGCAGAAUUAUUAAUAAACAAUCCGGUAUUAUCACCAUUAUUCAUUUUUUGACUAAAUUAAAACCUAAGAAGUUUAAUAAGAAAGACAGUGUUUGAACUGUUUGACUGAUCAUUAUCAAUCAAAUAAAAUUAUACAAAUUAUAAAAAUCAAUUGUUUAAAAUUAUGUAGAUGAAGUAACCAUUAAAUGAUCUUUUUGUAUGGAAUAUUUUGAUGUUAUGCCGUUAUUAGCUAAGCCUUCAUAGCCUUCAGAUUGUAUGCCCAAGGCAAACCGGAAAGAACCCGACUGGGAUUGAAUACAAUCCUUUUUGAAACCUUAUUUUGGAAUUACAAAUUUCACUUAUUUUAAAUAAAGUUAUUGAUAUUUACAUCAAAAUAUACCCCUA